UAAUCCAUCGCGUUUCGACAUCAUUAGUAAACCUUGUGCAUAGUGCAAGAAGCCACUGUGUUUCAACUUCGUAGACAAGCAGUCGUCAGCGUUGUGCCUAAAGUGUGAGUAAGCAGAUGAAGCUGCUCGAUAUGUAAUCCUGUGUGGGGGCUUCACCAAUACCUUUUGCAAGUUUACUGCGUAUACAGUCAGCUUUGCAUAGGUUGUAGUCGUGGUAGGGCUAGAUGACGAAUUGGUAAGCUGUAUGAUAGGUGUCGUCAAUUGAUGACCAGCGUAAUGGCGAGGCUGUAAUGGUAUAAAGUCGGACACCAGUCCGCUAUAGAAUCAACACAACGUCCCAAUCCAAGCUCCAAUCCUAUUCAACACUCAUAGCUUCGACGGAAUUAUCUUGAGAAUGUCACGAACACUCCUCCUCUUCGGCGCCGGCCCCGGAAUCGGCGAUAACGUCGCAGCCACAUUCGCAUCCAGCGGCAGCAUCGACCACAUCGUCCUCCUCGGGCGCAACACCGACCGUCUGCAAAAUGAAGCCGCCGUGUUCGUCCAGAAGGCUGCCUCAAACGUCAAGGUCGAUACUCUGCGCGCCGACCUGAGCGACCUGGAUUCCAUCCCCAAGGUUCUCUCGCAACUCGAUGACCUGACCAAAGGCGAAGAUAUCGAAGUAGUAUACUACAACGCGGCACGAAUCAAGCCCACCGAUCCAGUUCUGGACGUCGAUGUGAAGGAGAUCGAGGAUGAUCUCAGGGUCACCGUCCUCGCCCUCCACCUAAUCUCUCAGCACUACAUCCCGCUCCUCCAAUCAACCUCCAAAUCCUCCCCGACCUCCAAGCCCGCGCUUCUAGUCACCAACUCGCACCUCCCCUGGGACCCCGUGCCGCAACUAAUCUCACUCUCCCUGGUCAAAGGCGCGCAGCGCACGCAAGUAAUCUCCUUGAACCGUGCCUUUGGUGAGAGUGGAGUUCAUUGCGGUUUGAUCAGCGUGGAAGGAGUAGUCGAUCCGAAGAACAAGGUUUUGAACCCGGCCAAUAUCGCGAAGAAGGUGCUUGAAUUCUGGCAGAAGGGCGAGGGGGUGGAAGUGAAUUUGAAGGAGCCACAGCAGUAGAUGAGGAGUUCUGGCGAGAGCGUUGUCGUUGAGGUGUGGAUGUUUGUAGAAAGCAAAGCAAACAAAGUCAUCCAGGACCAC